UAUGCAACAACUUUAUCCAUCGACCGGAAAGCGUGAAACGCAAUUUUUACGCUCUUAUCACGCUUGUCGCAGCAUUCGCGUUCUAGCGAUACCAACUUGUAUAUAAACAUUAUAUCGUGUAUACUGUAAGAAAAAAAAAAUAAUAAAUCAUAUUUAGAUAUGAUUUAUCAACGAAUACGGUGGAGUUAUUGGUGGGUCUGAGAUCAACUCGCAACGAGGGUUUCUCAUGACCGAAAAAUAAAAAAUCACUCUUCGAGUAGUUCGAGUAGUCUUCGUCACGACCAUGAAUGGCGCUAUUGAGCAAUACACGUGAUCCUGCGCCUUGAACGUGGCUGCAGCUGUUGUCGAUAAAUACAGUCAUCGGGAUUAUCCAGAAGAAAUCAAGAUGGAGAUCUGCAUCGACAGCUUAGAGUCGGCCCAAAAUGCAGUAAGGGGUGGAGCCAUGCGACUGGAAGUAUGUUCAGCUCUUUCGGACGGUGGACUAACACCAACUCCUGGCUUCGUUAAGGCUCUCCGUAAAAUGACGAGCAUUCCUUUGUAUGCGAUGCUCCGAAUUCGAGGUGGUAAUUUCGUUUACACCCCCGAAGAGAUUGAGGCUAUGCUGUACGAUUUGGAAUUAUUGAAAACCGUCGGCGUGGACGGUUUCGUCUUCGGCGCGUUAACGUUCGAAAGAAAAAUCGAUAGCGAAACGAAUAAAAAAAUUGUUGACGCGGCGUCGCCACUGCCUGUAACUUUCCACAGAGCCUUUGACGAGGUCGAUUCCAAUCCGCAGUUAGCUGCCCGACUCAUAUCUCAGCUCGGAUUCAAGCGGAUUCUAACUUCCGGACAGAAAAAUUCUGCCGAAGAAGGCUUGGACCUUAUUAAAAGUCUCGCUUCCGCGGCUUCACCUGGCUUCACGAUAAUGCCAGGAGCUGGAAUAACUCCGGAUAAUAUUAGAAAAAUCAAAAGCGAAUCAAUGUGCAAUGAAUUCCACGCCUCGGCCAGAAAACCGAAGACUGAAUUUGGUACCAAACACAAAAUGGGAUCUGAGAAGGACUCAAACUCAUUCAUGGUCGCUGACGAAGAGACAGUCCGGCAGUUGGUUCUUGUUGUGAAUAGAGCUUAAAUCGGCCAGUUAUACUAAUCGUUGAAUAAUUUAUAGAACUGCUAGAAUUUAAUUUAUUAAAGAAAUACAAAAUUCAGGCAAGUUUGUGGUUUAUUUUCUAUAACCACAAACUCUUUUGAAUGUGCCAUCAUGUAGACUGUGCAAAAGCAUUUUGAUACAAGACUGGAAAUUGUCUACCACUUCGCUUAUAUAUCUAUAAGAAGGUCAUGCAUAUAAGCAUUGAAUUUUAAGAAGACGUGACGAAUUUCAUGUGAAAUAAUUUUGAAAUACAAUCUCGACC